GUUGUUCUACUUUUUUAUUCAUCAGUUUUUGCUAUCAAUAAUAAAAAGAGUAUUAUUCAUUCCUUCAAUUAUCAAUCUUUCUCCAGAUUUCAGUUUGCUCAUCUUUUCUUUUUUCAACAAGUGGUAUCAGAGCCAUUCAUUUGUGAGAGAUCACAUAUUAUAGCUUUGUGAGAAUUCUUGUUGUCAACAAAAUGACGGACCUACAAGUUGUCAAUGGUAUGAAGAAGCUCAACAAUAACAAUUAUAAUAUGUGGUCAACGUGCAUGAUGUCUUACAUGCAAGGGCAAGACCUGUGGGAGAUAGUCAACGGUAAUGAGGUGGUUCAACCCAUUGAGGAUGCAAAUGGAUCCUUACGGAAAUGGAAGAUCAAGGCAGGAAAAGCAUUGUUUGCCUUGAAAACAACAGUUGAAGAAGAGAUCCUUGAGCACAUCAGAGAUGCUGGAACACCAAACGAAGCUUGGGUUUCACUAGCCAGGUUAUUUUCAAAGAAUAAUAAUUCCAAGCUCCAACUUUUGGAGAGUGAGUUACUCUCUGUUUCACAACGUGAAAUGACGGUUGCACAGUUUUUUCACAAGGUGAAAACGCUGUGUCGGGAGAUUUCUGAGUUAGAUCCAGAAGCCGCCAUCAAAGAUGCCAGGAUAAGACGCAUCAUCAUCCAUGGUCUCAAACCUGAAUAUAGAGGUUUUGUUGCUGCUAUACAAGGAUGGCCAGAACAACCAUCACUUGUUGAAUUUGAAAAUAUGUUAGCUGAUCAAGAGGCGUUAGCUAAACAGAUGGGAGGAGUCUCGCUAAAGAAAGAAGAAGAGGCACUCUACGUUAACAGAGGAAGACAUAAUUCAAAGCAGCAUACUGGUGGAUCUAAGAAAAGUGAUGAAGAGACGAGGGAUCGUCAAAAUGAAAGGAAAAGCCGUGGAGGUGGAGCUUGGAAAAAUCAAAAACAAGGAAGAAAGUUUGAAGGAAUGUGUUUUAAUUGCAACAAAAAGGGACACAUGGCAAAAGACUGUUGGUCAAAGAAGAAGACUGUAGAAGGCAAUACCGCCACUUCUACAGUAGAGAAAGAGUGGGAUGCUGAGGCAUUCUUUGCUACCGAUGAAGCUGAGGUGGCAUUGUCUGCCACAACAAGUCAGAUUGACUAUGGAAGUGACUGGAUUGUUGAUUCAGGUUGCUCGAAUCACAUGACCGGUGACGAAAAGAAGUUGGAGAAUUUAGCAGAUUACAAGGGAAAUCGUGUGGUGGUAACCGCAGAUAACUCAAGGUUACCGAUAGCACACAUCGGUAACGCUACAGUAUCUCCUCAGUCUGGUGGUAAAUAAUUAUCACUAGAAAAGGUCUAUCAUGUCCCAGGAGAGUGACAGUUUGUGGCUGACCUACUUUUGUGGGAUCAGAAGAUAGAUUUAGUCAAGGGUGCUUAUUUUAUGUGGCUCUUAUUUAAUUAGUUUAUAUAAUAAUUUAAUUAGUUCCAG